UAAAUAAAAGGACAGUAAGGAGAGCAGAUCAAACUCCUAACAGGAGGAGACUCACUCAUGGCCUAUGAGACAGAGGAUCAUGAGACUCAAUACUGCUUUCCUGCCAUCAACUCUUCAUGUAUCAAGGGAAAACGCUCCAGUCAUGAAUACUAUAUCAUGUAUGUGUUUUUUUCAUUGCUGUCAGCAUGGACUGUGUUUCUGAAUCUGCUGGUGAUCAUCUCCAUCUCUCACUUCAAAAAGCUUCACACUCCAACCAACCUGAUCAUUCUCUCUCUGGCUGUGGAUGACAUGCUUAUUGGACUUAUUGUGAUGCCUGUAGAUGCUAUUAAACUAAUUGAAUCAUGUUGGUACUUUGGAGACACAUUGUGUGAUGUGUUUAUGAUAAUCAUGGGACUGCUGCUCUCAACAUCUCUUAGUAAUUUAGUUUUAAUUGCUGUUGAUCGUUAUGUGGCUGUGUGUCACCCUUUACUAUACCCACAGAAAAUAACCAUGACUAAAACAUUAAUAAGCAUCUGUCUCUACUGGUUUUUCUGUUUAACUUGCAAUAUUGCCUUUCUAAUUAGUAGCAGAUAUUUUGACACUUCACAAACAACAGACAUGUGUUUUGGAAAGUGCUAUUUAAUAGUAAGUUUUUCAUGGACAUUCACUGACAUGUUUUUAUCCUUUCUGUUCCCUUGUACUCUGAUCAUAACUUUAUAUUUGAGGAUAUUUUAUGUGGCUCAUCAGCAGGUGAAGGUUAUAAACUCACUAGUGAAGGGUGGUAAAAGUGAAAUGGAAGGAUCAAUAAGGAGGAAAUCUGAGAGUAAAGCUGCUCUGACAUUAGGGAUCAUUGUGACAGUUUAUCUACUUUGCUAUAUUCCCUAUUAUAUAUUGUCUGUAGCAGGUACUUCUGUAAUCUCUUCUGCCACAAUGUCAUUUCUGAUAUGGACUUUGUAUUUUAACUCAGGUCUGAAUCCUCUUAUUUAUUCUUUAUUUUACCGCUGGUUUAAAAUAUCAAUUAAAUUCAUCUUAACUCUUAAAAUAUUUAAAACAGCAUCCUCUCUUUUGGACAUUUUUGCUGAAUAUUCAUAA